AUGGAAGGCAACCAUUCAUGGAUCAGAGAAUUCGUCCUGAUGGGAUUCCAGCUCAGUGAAGACAUGGAAUUGUUCCUCUUCAUUAUCUUCUUCCUAUUAUAUACCUUCAAGCUGGAGGCAAAUGGCAUGAUCUUGGAACUCAUUUGCCUAGACCCCAGACUGCACCCCCCACCCCAUUACUUCCUUUCUCAUCUGGCCAUAAUGGACAUAUCCUAUGCUUCCAGCAGUUUUCCCAAUUUGCUGGCAAACCUAGUGAAACACAAAACAACUGUCUCGUUUGUUUCAUGCACUAUGCAGAUGAUUUUUAAUUUGAGUUUUGCUUCCAUAGAGUGCCUGAUUUUGGUGGUGAUGUCCUAUGACUGGUAUGUGGCAAUCUGCCAUCUCUUACAGUACACUGUCAUCAUGAACUGGAGAUUGUGCAUGGUCCUGGCCACCACUUGCUGGGCAUGUGGAUUUUCACUGGCCCUCGUACAAGUAAGUCUCUUUCUAACGUUGCCCUUCUGUGGGCCCCACAGGGUGAACCACUUCUUCUGUGAAACCCGAUCUGUCCUCAAAGUGACCUGUGGUGAAAUCUGCACCAAUGAAAUGUUCCUCUUUGCUCAUGGUGUGUUUAUCUUAGUUGGACCCAUUUCCCUGAGGCUGGUUUCCUAUGUGAGCAUCCCCUGGGCCAUCCUGAAGAUCCAGUCAAAAGAGGGCCACAAGAAAGCCUUUUCCACCUGCUCCUCCCACCUCUGUGUGGUUGGGUUCUACAUUGGCAUCGCCAUGAUGGUUUACUUGGUCCCUGACAAGUCUCGAGAGGAGCAGCUGAAAAUCCUUUUCCUGUUUUACACUCUCUUCAACCCAUCGCUGAAGCCCCUUGUCUACAGUCUAAGGAAUGCUGAAGUGAAGGCUGCCUUCCACAGAGUAUUGCAGAAAAAGAGGCCAAUGUGA